AUGGGCCUACCCUGUCCCCAGGAUGGACUUUACUACUUUUCCUCACAUACAGCAAGUUGGGAAGAGGCACAAAGAUUCUGUAAAUUGCUGAAUGCUGACCUUGUUGUUAUUAACAGUUCUGAGGAGAAGAAAUAUUUACACGUAGAUAUGAAAAAUACUUGUUGGAUUGGACUCCACGACUCUGUUGAAGAAGGGAAGUGGCACUGGGUGGAUGGGACUGAUUAUGAUUCAACUGUAAAGUUUUGGAGGAGUGGCCAGCCCAAUGGUAACAGAAAUGAAAAUUGUGCCGCAAUGACUUCUGACGGGGAAUGGCAUGAUUGGCCAUGCAGUUCCCGUCAUCGUCUGAUCUGUGAAAAAUCAGUGUGAUGUAGUUCUGCUCCUAUCGCUUUACACCCACUCAAGUUAAUUCAUCACUCACUGUUCCCCACCUCUCUCCAUCUUCCACCUCUCCAUCAUGCCCA